CUGUGUCAAGCAGAGUGAGCUAAAGCAGUCAUGUAUGCGCAGUCUCUGAUCUCUUGGGAGGUUCAUUACAGGGUCUCGUACAAGGGCAUUCUCUGUUUCUGCACAUCGGCAUGGAAGAAGCUCGUCCAGGGAAGAAAAUGCAACCUGGUCAUGAUGAAGAAGCCGUGGUGGAUAUGGGCAAAACCAGCUCUACUAUCAAUACAAACUUUGAGAAGGAAGAACUAGAGAGCCACAGAGCUGUGUAUAUUGGAGUUCACGUCCCAUUUGGAAAACAAGGCCGUCGACGGCAUAGACAUCGUGGGCACAGGCAUCACAGAAGAAAAAAAGAAAAAGAGACUGACAGGGAGGAUGGCCGAGAAUCUCCAUCAUAUGACACGCCAUCCCAACGAGUACAAUUUAUCUUGGGUACUGAAGAUGAUGAUGAACACAUUCCCCAUGAUCUCUUCACUGAAAUGGAUGAACUUUGUUUCAGGGAUGGAGAAGAAUAUGAAUGGAAAGAAACGGCUAGGUGGCUAAAAUUUGAAGAGGAUGUUGAAGAUGGUGGUGAUCGAUGGAGCAAGCCUUAUGUAGCAACUCUGUCUCUGCACAGUCUCUUUGAACUGCGAAGCUGUAUUCUUAAUGGGACGGUCAUGUUGGACAUGAGAGCAAACACUCUAGAUGAGAUAGCAGAUAUGGUUUUGGACAACAUGAUUGCCUCUGGCCAGCUCGAUGAAUCCAUAAGAGAGAAUGUGAGAGAGGCUCUUCUAAAAAGGCACCAUCAUCAGAAUGAGAAAAAAUUCAGCAAUCGGAUUCCCUUGGUUCGGUCUUUUGCAGAUAUAGGCAAGAAACAUUCUGACCCUCACUUGCUUGAACGAAAUGGGGAAGGCCUUUCAGCCUCCCGCCACUCUUUGCGAACAGGUCUCUCUGCCUCAAAUAUUUCCCUGAGAGGAGAAAACCGUUUGUCAGUUCUUCUCAAUUACCUUCUUCCUUCUUCAAGAGCUGGAACCCCGGCAACCUCAAGGUGUACAACCCCCGUAACUACCCCUCAAAACACACCACCCUCCAGUCCUACCUGCAGCCACCCACCAACCACAAGUGGCCAGCCAAGUCCACUUCAGGGCAAGGAAUUGCUGGUGUCACCUGCCAGUGAUGAUAUUCCUUCAGUAAUAAUCCACCCACCCGAGGAGGACUUAGAAGUGCAGGAAAGCCAGGAAAAGAAGACAGAGGAAAAUAUUGGCAAAACACCAGGGCUAUUAGCAUCUCCACAGUCAGCACCUGGAAACUUAGACACUGGGAAAAGUGGAGACGUUAAAGGUACUGGGACAGGAGGAAGCAGAGAAAACAGCACGGUUGAUUUUAGUAAGGUUGAUAUGAACUUCAUGAGGAAAAUUCCUUCAGGAGCAGAAGCAUCAAAUGUGUUAGUGGGAGAAGUAGAUUUUUUAGAAAGACCUAUUAUUGCUUUUGUGAGGCUCUCCCCUGCUGUGCUUCUCUCAGGUCUCACAGAGGUUCCGGUUCCUACACGGUUUUUGUUUUUGUUGCUGGGACCAGCAGGAAAAGCUCCACAGUACCAUGAAAUUGGGAGAUCAAUAGCAACACUUAUGACAGAUGAUGUUUUCCAUGAUGUUGCCUAUAAAGCAAAAGACCGAAAUGAUUUAUUGUCAGGAAUUGAUGAAUUUUUAGACCAAGUGACAGUCCUGCCUCCAGGAGAAUGGGAUCCAUCUAUACGUAUUGAGCCGCCAAAAAGUGUUCCUUCCCAGGAGAAAAGGAAGGUACCUAAAUUUCCAAAUGGAUCUACUCCUACAGGAGAGACUCUCAAAGAAGAAGGCCAUCAUGCUGGACCUGAACUUGAGAGAACUGGAAGGCUUUUUGGUGGUUUGAUACUUGACAUCCAAAGGAAAGCACCUUUUUUCUUGAGUGACUUCAAGGAUGCAUUAAGCCUGCAGUGCCUGGCCUCGAUUCUUUUCCUAUACUGUGCCUGUAUGUCUCCUGUAAUCACUUUUGGAGGGCUCCUGGGAGAAGCUACACAAGGCAGAAUAAGCGCGAUCGAGUCUCUCUUUGGAGCCUCAUUAACUGGGAUUGCCUAUUCUCUCUUUGCUGGGCAACCUCUUACUAUUUUGGGGAGCACUGGACCAGUUCUAGUAUUUGAAAAAAUAUUAUUUAAAUUUUGCAGGGAUUAUGAUCUUUCCUACCUCUCCCUGCGAACUAGCAUUGGUCUGUGGACUGCAUUUUUAUGCAUAGUGCUUGUAGCCACAGAUGCCAGCAGCCUUGUGUGUUACAUCACUCGAUUUACUGAGGAAGCUUUUGCAGCGCUUAUAUGCAUCAUAUUUAUUUAUGAGGCAUUGGAAAAGCUUUUUCAUUUGGGAGAAGCGUAUGCCUUCAAUAUGCACAACGAUUUGAAUAAACUGACUUUAUAUUCAUGUGUGUGUUCUGAGCCUGAGAAACCCAGCAAUGAAACUUUGCAGGUGUGGAGGAGUAUGAAUAAGUCUGUGGAAAAUAUAACAUGGAGUAACCUUACAGUUUCUGAAUGUUUAGAACUUCAUGGUGCAUUUCGUGGACCAGCUUGUGGCCAUCACAGACCAUAUAUUCCAGAUGUUCUCUUCUGGUCUGUCAUAUUAUUCUUUACAACAUUUUUCCUCUCCUCUUUCCUUAAGCAAUUCAAGACCAAACGCUAUUUCCCAACUAAGGUGCGUUCUACCAUUAGUGACUUUGCAGUAUUUCUGACCAUAGUUAUCAUGGUUUUGAUUGACUAUCUUGUAGGAGUACCUUCUCCUAAGCUUCACGUUCCAGAGAAGUUUGAACCCACUCGAAAAGACCGAGGGUGGUUCAUAGAUCCUCUUGGAAGCAAUCCUUGGUGGACGCUCUUGAUCGCUGCUGUUCCUGCUUUACUCUGUACCAUUCUCAUUUUCAUGGAUCAACAAAUAACAGCUGUUAUUAUAAACAGGAAAGAGCAUAAGCUGAAGAAAGGCUGUGGUUAUCAUCUUGAUCUGCUCAUGGUUGGUGUUAUGUUGGGGAUAUGUUCUAUCAUGGGCUUACCAUGGUUUGUUGCUGCAACUGUCUUAUCUAUAAGUCAUGUUAAUAGCCUGAAAGUUGAAUCUGAAUGCUCAGCACCAGGAGAGCAACCAAAAUUUUUGGGAAUCCGGGAGCAGCGAGUGACAGGAUUGAUGAUUUUUGUCCUGAUGGGGCUGUCGGUGUUCAUGACCUCUGUGUUAAAGUUUAUUCCAAUGCCAGUUUUGUAUGGUGUCUUUCUUUACAUGGGAGUAUCUUCAUUAAAAGGCAUUCAGUUUUUUGACCGUAUAAAACUGUUUGGAAUGCCUGCGAAACAUCAGCCUGACCUGAUUUAUCUACGUUAUGUGCCACUCUGGAAGGUCCAUAUCUUUACAGUUGUUCAGCUCACUUGUCUUGUUCUGUUGUGGGUGAUUAAAGCCUCUGCAGCUGCUGUUGUUUUCCCUAUGAUGGUUCUGGCAUUAGUGUUCAUUCGCAAGCUCAUGGAUUUAUGUUUCACCAAAAGAGAGCUUAGCUGGCUUGAUGAUCUUAUGCCAGAAAGUAAAAAGAAGAAAGAAGAUGACAAAAAGAAAAAAGAGAAAGCAGAAGCAGAGAGAAUGCUUCAGACAGGGGACAAUGAAAGUGUACAUCUUGCAUAUGGAGAAGCAAAUUUGGAUUUUCCUGUAAAAAACCUAAAAUACAGUGUUGAUCCCUCAAUUGUAAACAUAUCAGACGAAAUGGCCAAAACUGCACAGUGGAAGGUUCUUGCCAUGAGUACUGAGAGUGCCAAAGUAACCAGAGCUAACCUGAGCCCUGAAAAACCAGGAAGUGUGAAAAUAAAUGUGGAAGAUUCACCUGUUGUGAAAUACGUGGAUGCUGAAACAUCUUUAUAGAACUGAACCAAGGGGAAUUGCGUGUAUUUGUGUGUGUAUAUAUAUCACUGCAGGAUAUUAUACCAUUGAAGUGUGACUUCCAAUUUAAGGAGUGACAUGUAUUUAAUUCUGCCAUUGUUUAGGGCACUGUAGAUAUGCUUGCAUAAUGAGAAGAUUUUCCUACAAAUAAGACGAGUGGUAAUCACACUUCAGCUAUUUAUUUUAUUGGAAAUUUUAUUUUCAUUUUUAAAUAGGAAGAUUGUAAUGAAUACAUAUUAUUUUCAAUAAUCAGUAUGUGCAUAAAAGUUAAAUCAGCUUUUGCUGACGAUUACUGGUCCACAUUGCUUAAAAUUUUGCAAUACCUCUGUUUAUAAUGUGCGCUACAGAACUUUGUUUUCCAUGCAGGCAAUUACUGCUUGUUUUUGCAGGGUAUACUUUUUUUGUGAUUUCAUAGAACAAAUAUUAAUGUGCUGUUGACAAGAACUACUGUGUUUUGUGUCUCCACUACAUGCUAGUGUUUUCUGGAUUCUGUCUCUCCUAUUUUACAGGAGUGGCCCAGAGCCCUAAGUCUGGUGGUUAGUUAAUCCUUAAAAUAUAUAUAAAUACCCUGUUCUGCUACUUUUUUUUUUUAAUUUACUCUUGAUUUUUCAUUAUUGUCCAGUAGCAGUAUAAGUGCAGUAACUGUAGUUACAGUCCCAAGUUAGGAUUUGCCAUUCUGGGCACUCCAUGUUUACACAAUAUAAAUUUGAUUUACAGACAGCAAUUUGGUCUAUAGGAAGUUACACAUACUUACCACACGAGUGCUUUUGAAUUCUUUGUUCCUGUUUUUACUUACAUUUUCCCAUCGACUUUCAGAGUCUGAUUUACUCAGCUCUAAGACUGAAACUUUAGAGUAUUUCAUGUCCUCAUCAAAUAUAUUUCUUGCUUAAUUAAUUUUUAAAUUUACUGUGUAUUUGAUUAAAUUAGCUGUAGUUUAAUUCUGUAAUAGGUUUAUGAUCAGUAUUAUUUUAUGGAUUGCAAAUUGCUUGUGAUAUUUGUGUGUACAGUUCUGAUCCUCUCCAUUGUAAAGGGCAUAUAUGAUAGCACACCAACUUAUUUUUAAACAUCUUAUUUAUUUUAAUUAGUAUAAAUUUUUAUCAUGUAAGAUUAAUUAAAAAAGUAAUUAUUCAUUUAUUAAAGUAAAUGGGAUUUUUUGGGGCUCACUGAUAAAGAUGCAGUCAGUACAUUUUCAAGUUCUAGUGUUUAGCAUUAUAGUAUUUGAAAUAAUGAAAAUUUUAUGUAUAAAUGAAAAUCUUGAUCACUUACCUGCACAGUUUCCAUUAUUAAUACUUUCUUGCCUUACGCCUUAGUUUUUUGGCUUUAAUUUCUGAAAUGAUCUCUUUACAUUCUGAAUUGCCACCAGCCCUUUCUGGAUGUAUUGCAAUGGCUUUAAUUAGAAUCUGUGCUCAUUUAAAAUUAGAAGAUGCCGUUUGCUUAAUUCUGCUUUUGGCAAAGUUGGGAGUUUUACCAUGGACCAUGUGGGUAAAAUUCUCAACAACUGCAAAAGGAGCUGAUUCUGGAGGAGGGCAGAGUUCAUCUGAAAAUACCACUUGAGGUGGAAUUUUGGUGCUCUUCAGCCAAGUGUCAGUUGGAGAAAAGAUAAUUGUAUAUUACAAAAAUAAAGCAAUCAGUGGGAAUAAAUAGAAACAUUUAAAAAUAGCAUUUAAGUUACAUGGACUGUUACCAUUCCCUUUAAAUGUAAUGUAAUGAAAUAAUGUUUUUCUUUUUUCUUUUUUCUUUUUUUUCUUUUUUCAUUUGGCUGAAUUCCGAGAAGGCAGUUUAGAGAAAGUAAAUCAUAGAGUACAGCAAUACGAAUAAUGUUAUCCAAACUGUCAUAACAAAGGCUCAGGUCAGUGGCAAGGCAAGUGAGGUUUGACUGAUACUAUUUAAUGACCUAUAUACGUGCUCCUUUAUUCUUAGAUAAUAGUGUAGCUUGUGCGUUAGCUUGAGUAUGUGCUCUUUCAGAAAGUACCCCUGUUUUCCCUCUAGUCAAACUGAGAUGCAGUGAAACUAUAGCAGAUGGUUUCCUGAAACUUUCUGUAUUAUUUAAAAAAAAAAAAAAGUACACAUCUGCACGUCAGUUGUUGACUACUAAGUAGCUCUUGCUGAAUCAGAGGGAAGAUUAUUUUGGGCAGUUUACAUAGCGUUAUCCACAACACAUUACUUCUGUACUAGUCCUCCCAGUAGUAUUUUACACUUCA